AUGAAAACUAAACAUAAAAGUUGUGUCGCUGCUGCUGCUGUUGCUGCUGGGGCUGGUGAAAAAAUGAAAUCGGUUAUAUUAUAUCCAUAUGGACCCUUAACGGGCACCGGAUGUUGUCGCAUGUUGCAUGCUAAAAAUUUGGCUAUAACAAGUGCAAUUUAUACAAUUAACAUAUCCCUGCUUAUAGUCCUUAUAUAUUCCUGGCGUAUUAAUAUCAACAUACACAAGUCUAGUGCUCUAGAAGAUGUUUACUAUGGUGUACAAAUUGCUUAUUUUGCCAUAAUCGGCACACAAAUGUCGAUGAUUGUUUUAAGUAUCAUGUUACUAUUUGGUAUAGUUAAGGAAAACCCUGGUUUAAUAGUUCCUUGGAUUAUUGGCUAUAUAACUUUUAUGGCUUUGGAAGCAGUGGCUAUGGUUUAUUCUAAUGUCUUGCGUGAUCAUGUUAAUAAGCAAUUCGAUGCAAUGUGCAAAGCGGAAGUGGCCUUUUUUAUAGCACGAGCUUUCAUAAAUGUGCUUUCCAUGUGGGGUGUAUUACGUUUCUAUAAUUUGGUACGUUCCGGCAUAACAUGGCGUGGUCCAGAGGUAAUAGAACUUGAAUAUAAUGACAGCAUGUAUAAUAAACAACUAAUCAAUAACAAAAAUAACAAAUCCUAUGACUUCUCAUCCUACCAAAUGCAGGCUAAAACCACACUAACAACAGCUACCAACAAUACACUGGCUAAGUCGUAUAAUGAAUGUCAACAUCAUCACCACCAUCAUCAUCAUCACCAGCACCUAAACCAGCAACAACACUACAAACAGCACUAUCAAAAUUCACGUGGCCGUCGUCAAAGUUCCGCUACACAUAAUAAAACCACGAUAGGUUGUUGUGCCUUCUUUGAUAUCGAUGAUUAUGAUUAUGAUUUUGAAAAUGAUGAAGACUAUGAUUAUGAGGGUGACGAUUAUGAUUGUGAGGGUUACUAUGAUGAUGCUGAUGAUUACUAUGACGAUGAGGGCGAGAGUAGUGAUUGUUCUAUGUUGGGUGCCUCACCCAAUCGCCAUAGGCGCAACGAACGUUCUCAUCGUGUGCGCAAUAAUAAUAUACGCUCGGUUCUGGUCAAUAAACGCCAUAAUAAAUAUAAAAUUGCUCAUCCCCAAACUAAACUGGAGGUUAUAAACGAAUCGGAACGCAGUGCCGGCAGUGGCAGUGAUGAAAAUGACUCUUUACUGGUAGCCUAUAAUAGUUCAUCGUCGUUGGCGUCCGUUUGACAUUGGCCGGGUUGCAUUGGAAAUGCAAGAUUUAAAACGGAAUCAAAAGUCUCCGACUACGACGCUGCCGUCGUCGACGAGUUAUAUGUUGCUAGCCAGCACAUCUGCGAAAGCAGCCAUGAGGACAACGCUGCGAAAUUGCAAGAGCAGCAAUAUUUGUCAAACUCAUUUAAUAACUGGCAACAGUCACAAUGUCAACGUCGACGUCCAUUGCGACGCCUCUACUGCUGUGUAAAUGCCUUAAUAAUGGCUGUCUUAGUAACUGUUGAAAUUUACGCACAAAUUGUGAUUUUUCUGUAAAAUCGUACAGAAAGGUAAAAGAAAUCAAAAUAUCCAACCAAACCAAAUAUUCCGUUUCAAAAUUCGUAACCACUAAAAUAAUGAAUAGAGCUUCCGCUUGUUAACAGCUAAAUUACGACAAAAACAAAUAUUGUAAUAGAAAAAAAAAACAUUUUUUCAAACAAAAGGAAAACCAGGAAAAUCAAAAACCAAAUGUAAUCCAUAAACAAUUUUGUGUAUAAUUAUAAAACAGGCUUUACCUAACCACCCCUUUUCCGUUUCAGAAAUCCUUUUUUAAAUGAAAUUCUCUUAUAUAACAGUUUUCAGUGGUUUAUAGUUGGUUCAGCAACUUUUAUACUUCACCUCUUUUAUGUGAUGUUAAAAAUAAUGAAAAUUAUCCAAAAAUCUUUUGAAAUUGAUUUUGUGGUUUAAGGUUUUAUAGAUUUAGCAUUACUUGCCAUUAUAUUAUGGAAAAGUGUCAAAAACAAAUAUGUCAAAUGUUAGCGCGUUUUAAAUGCAAAUUUAAAAAUAUUAACCGGUUACUAAAGUUUUGUAAUAUACAUAUUACUCAUACGCUGGUUUACAGCGUAUGAGUAAUUUUCCGCUGAUUUAAUAUCUUUCUAUUCCCAAUAGUAGCCAGACUGUUGUAUAAUACCAUUUGUCUUUAACAUCUUAUUACCUUUAACGUUAACAAAAAAAAACUUGGAUUUCCAUUGAAUUAAAAUAAAAUUUCUUGUCAAAACCCUCUUCCCAUAACUGCAAACAUGUUAACUUUUGCAAUAAGAAUUGUUUUAUUAAUAUUCAUGUGACCUCAUUAAUUAUUCUGGGGAUGCAACAGCAAAAAAGGGGAGAAAUACAAGUUAAAGUACAAUUUAACCAUGUUAACAUUUGUAAAUGAAAUAAAACAAAAAGUAAAGAAAAAGCAGACGGCAUUAACGAAUUAUGAAUGCACUACGCCAUAUUUCAGUGCUAGUUCAAGUUCAGUUUAGUUC